AUGUCCGGCGAAGCAGAGCCUCGACGAUCGGUACGGGCCACGAAAGGCCAACACACCAAAGCCUUUGAUCAGCUCGACCAACCUACCGAAGCGCCCAAGAGGAGGGGGAAGAGGGGCAAGAAGGCCAAUGCCAACGACGAGAGGCAAGAAGAGGUCGAAGAAGAGGUCAUCCGAUGCGUUUGCGGGGCGACAGAGCAAGCCGAAGACUCUGGGGAGCCCUGGAUCGCGUGCGACACUUGCGGAGCGUGGCAGCACAACGUGUGUAUGGGCAUGAGUGUCUUUACGGAAGACCUCCCCAAUCACUACUACUGCGAGACCUGCAAUCCCGACGAACACAAAGAGCUCCUGGAGGGGAUUGCCAAAGGCGAAAAGCCCUGGGAGGGCAGACGCGCCAGGUACGAGGCAGAGUCGGAAAAGAAGAAGAAGCGAGGCCGUCGCGGCGGCCGAGGCAAGCGCAUCAGCGAUUCGAAGGACGGCAAGGAACAGGGAGAAGAGUCCACGCCGGCACCGCGGAAAAGCAAAAGCCCCGGUGUAGAGGAUAAAAAGGAGAAGGAUGGGCCUUCCAAGAUGACGGGGAAGAGAAAGUCUCGCGAUGACUCUCAAGAUGAAGACUCCAAACCGAGCGGACCUGCAUCGAAACUUCAAAAGGAGACGGCCGAAGAAAAGGCCGAAAAGCAUGCCAUACAGAUUGAGCGUGCCGUCUUUGACAGCCACCCCAAUAACAAGGAAUAUGCGGGCCAGUGCCGAACAUUGGCUUUCAACCUCAAGAAUAACGAAGACUUAUCCAGCAACCUAUUCAACCAAACACUAUCGCCCACCGCUCUCGCCGUCAUGACAUCCAACGAGCUGGCUUCCAAGGAACUCCAGCGGGAGUUGGCCGAGCUGAAAGCCAAGGUUGACAAGCAAUCCAUCCUCAUUGCCGACGAGGGCCCUCGAGUCCGUAGGACUCACAAGGGAGAAGAGUUGGUCGAAAGCGACAACGAGAUGCAAGCGGACGAGGAAACACCAACAUUCGCUGCCAAUCCAGGCGCUCGCGACGGAUCCGGCGGCCCCUCGAGGAAAGCCAGCGAGAGCACCGGCCCCGAGUCUGGCAAGCCACCCCUGACCGUCGACACUCAGCAUUCGCCGAGGCAAAGCGAUUUCGAUAUCGGAAAGGUCUUCUCCAGCGUCAAGUCGCCUACGCUCAACACGCCAGGUCGGAGAACCUCGAGCGGCACUUUCGGCCCGGCUGGCGGGCCGGGCGUUGACCCAGAGGUGGAUAGGCUUCUCCAAGAUGAGAACGACUCUCCGCCGUACUCCCCGACGGAGGACAAUGACCCGGAUGUUGUAUGGAGAGGCCACCUAGUUAUGAACGCGCUUGCCGAUCUUCCCGCCAACAUCAAGUACGUCGGCGGUGCCAACCUCGCGGCCGACCGCGUCGUGCCCUGGAACAGCCUUAUCCCGAAGCGACUCAGCGUCGCAGGCCGAAUCGACCAGCAGAAGGCGGUAGAGUAUCUCUGCAGCCUCCGAUACAACCAGUUCACGGACGUGGUGGUCACGAGCAUCCUUCCCGCGUCCGAGGCAUUCCGUCCUGAGUUCCAGGCCGUGUACAACUAUUUCGUAUCCAAGAAGCGGUACGGCGUCAUUGGCGACAAGGGCGUAGCCAACGUUCGGGAUACAUAUCUUGUUCCCGUCGUCCCGGGUGAGGGCAAUCACCCCGAGUUUAUGCUCAAUCUCGCCGUCAAUCUCAUUCCAUUGCAACGGACGGAGCCCAUGCUUCUUGCCGUCUUUGUCUACAGAGACGAUGCGAGGCUUUUACGUGCCGGGCAAGCAGCCGCCGCCGCCGCCGCCGCCUCCAUACCCGCCUCCGCAAUCUCGCCUCAAAUCCCUCAGGGCCAGUUCCCUACUCCCAGCGGAACACCGGCUACCCCUGUUCCCCAGUCGAUGGCUCCCCUCGCGCAGCCCGCCAGCGAAUCGGCCGAAUCUCGCCAAAAGGCUCAAAUUCAAGGACAGCAGAUGGCGUCCGAUAUUCUGGGACCCCUUCACUCCGCACCCACUGUCCAGUUCCUGCUACCGAUGGCGUAUCAAAUGACCAAGACAGAGUGGGAAAUCAUUCGGGAACUACUCGAGUCGGAUCUUCGCGCCAGGAGGACCUGCAACAUCUCAGCACCUUGCUCGAGCGGCAUGGAAAUGCACGGAAAGAAGCGGCCGGGAACGGUGGCCCUGCUCCAGGUACCGCUACGCUCCCUCUGCAAGGACUACGACAUCCCACGGCGGGUGCCCCCACCAAUGGCCAACAGGCAUAAGCCCCUUCAACCUGGCGCCAUGGUGUAA